UUGUCUUCCCAUCCUAACCCUGGCUUGGCGGUGGGGCUGGGGCAGAGCAAGGCUUCUGACCCCGGUGCAGGGCAUCCCAGCGGGGCUGCAGCCCAGGCCCUGGGAGCUGUCUGCUGCAUUUGCACCAGUGAGCAACUGUUUUGACAGAGCUAUUACUCACCCGUCAAGCUUUUGUUUGAGCUGACCAGUGGUGCCUGUCUGAGUCCUGAAUAGGAUCAAAUCCUGCAACCAGACACACACACAAGCACGCAAGAGCACACAAGACCACGCAGCCGAGCUCAGCUCCACACCAGGGCCGCUGCAGGGUGACUCGUCUCUGCCAGAUCCUCCCUUUGGAGCUGUGGGGUCUGGUUCCCCACAACGCAGGCACCUGCAUGAAGUUCCUGGUGCUGCUGGUUUGCAGCCUCCUGGCAUGGAGGGUGGGUGAGACAUGGUCGGAUGCUCCGGAAAAGUUGUCUGCGUUGGCUCCUGGAGUUUCCAUGGAGACCCGGGUGCCUUCCCCGUAUCCCUGGCUGCGGCCGAUGGCAGGAUCCUUCUGGGGGCCUUGGAAGCAGCCAUCGGGCACACCAGAGGAUACAGGGAAGGCACUUGCACCACACAGUGCCUCAGCCCCAGCCCCUGCUGUCAUCCCUCCCAGCUCUCAGCGUGAAGGAGACCUUCCUGGUGCUCUCGCUUCACAACAAGCUGAGAAGCAAAGUGCAGCCCCCCGCCGCCAACAUGCAAAAGCUGGAAUGGGACGAGGAGCUGGCCCGGCUGGCAGGCGAGCGGGCAGCCAGCUGCCUGCAAGGCCCCGCUCCGCCGCCGGCGCCGCAGCUGGGUUGGAGCGAGGUGCUGCUGCCGGUGGCCACCGGCGGCUUCGGGGUCGUGCUGGAGCGCUGGUUCGCCGAGGGCCGACGCUACGACUACGGGACGGGGCGCUGCGCCCGCAAUGCCACCUGCCACCAUUACACCCAGCUGGUGUGGGCAACAGCGGGGCGGCUGGGCUGCGGCCGCUGCCUCUGUGCCGGCGGGCACGGCCCCAGCGAGGCCUUCGCCUGCGCCUACUCCCCAGGGGGCAACUGGGAGGUGUCGGGGACGCCCGUCCUGCCCUACAAGCAGGGCCCCUGGUGCUCCCUCUGCACCGCCGGCCUCUCCGGAUGCUUCAAGUCCUGGGACCACAGCGGCGGGCUCUGUGAGGUGCCCAGGAACCCUUGUCGGAUGAGCUGCAGAAACAAUGGGCGCCUUGACGUGGGCAGCUGCCAGUGCGCCUGUCCCUCGGGAUACACGGGAAGGUACUGCCAAGUGAGGUGCAGCAGGCAGUGCCUCCAUGGCAAGUUCAGGAAGGAGGAAUGCUCCUGUCUCUGCGAUGUGGGCUAUGGCGGCGCUGAGUGCGGCAGUGAGUCUAUGCUGUGGGGUGGCAGCAGGGAUCUGCAGGCUGGGACCCCCGGAGCAGGCUAUGGGUCCUCUGGCAGGGCCACUGGCACAGGGACCCACCUUCUGCCUGUGUCCCCAGCAAAGAUUCAGUUCCCCUUCCACGCCUGUGACGUGCAGAUAGAUGGCGACUGUUUCAUGGUGUCCUCUGAGGCUGACACCUAUUACGGAGCCAAACUAAAGUGCCGGGAGAAAGGGGCGAUGUUGGCCCAGAUCAGAAACCAGAAGGUCCAGGACAUCCUGGCUUUCUACCUCAGCCGCUUAGAGACCGGUAACAGGGUGACAGACACUGAUUUUGAGACUGGGAACUUCUGGAUUGGCCUCACCUACAAGACGUCUAAGGCUUCCUUCCGCUGGAACGUGGGUGAGCCGUCCUCCUUCACCAGCUUCGCUUUUGGGCAGCCAGACAACCAAGGGUUCGGGAACUGUGUGGAGAUGCAAGCAUUGGCUGCCUUCAACUGGAACGACCAGCGCUGCAAGACCCGGAACCGGUACAUCUGCCAGUUCGCCCAGGAGCACAUCUCCCUGUGGCAGCAAGACCCCUGAGCCAGCAGCUCCAGGCCCUGGCCAGCGCUGGCUGCUGCACUGAGCCCGUGGCUCAGGAUGACCCCAGUCCUGUGCCAAGCCCAGGCCAUGAAGGCCCCCUUUCUGGCUCCCCCGCACAGGAGAUGGGGGACUGACGGGACCUAGUGUAUCCACUUUACAUCAGUGUCCCCAAAACUACAUUGUCUUCUCCCCCUCACCUUCCUGUUGCCAUCACGCUGUGAAUGCCCUGUGGGCAGGGAGAUACCAGGUGCAACAGCAUCCUUCUUCUCAGUUGGUAGCCAGGACAUGUCCAAACCUUGGUGCAAAUGCCAUAAGGGGCCAAGGGGGGAAUUCUUAGUGGGCACAAACCUCAGCAUGUCUCAGGGUGGGGACUGGCUCAGCUCUCACACUGGGAGCCGCCCCAGCCUGACACCGCAGGUUCCUGGUCAUGAUCUUGUCUUUCAUUAUCACCCAGUUCCUCACCAUCACUUGAGUGGUUAAUAAAGACCUCUUCUUUGGGAAGA